AUGGCAACUGCAAUCCCCCAUGUUUCCUCUGAUAUAACCCACUCCACUGAAAUACAACGCGAUGAGGAAGAACAAGCAAAUUCCGCAUUCCAACAGCCUAAGAACGAGCCCGUACAUCUCCACCGAGCAAAUUCCUUACCCCAAAAGCCUAAGAACGAGCCCGUACAUCUCCACCGAGCAAAUUCCGCACCCCCACAGCCUAAGAACGAGCCCGUCCCUCGCAUUGGAAACGAAGAAAACAUAACUGACCUUGAAGUGAAAGCAAAGAAGCUGUAUAAAUUGAUGGACGAUGAUCUUCAAUUCAUCGAAGAGGCCUGCAAGAAUCUCGAAAGAUACAAGGCUGAGGUCGAGAGACAACAGAAGCGUGCGAAGGACAGCCUUAAAUCACAAGCCAUUUCCAAGGUCGAGAAGGUUGUUAUGAGGUUGAAAACGGAGAUCCCCUCAAAGGUGAAAGUUAGGUACUCGGUGCCAGCUGAUAGAGAUGAAAAGAAGAAAGAGAAUCUCCCCAACCACGAGAAGAACGAGCAUCUAGCUGGAGUUCAUUCUUUCUAUAAGAAGGAUCUGUUUAAGAACAAUGCGAUAUUCAAAGAAUUCGAGGAAACUUUCCAUCUCCUCGAUCUUCAACACAAACAAUGCCUGCUUUGUUUUGCUCUGUUCCCGCAGGAUGCAACAAUCAAGAAGCGGCUCCUGAUGUACUGGUGGAUCGGUGAGGGAUUCAUUCGAUCUGAUGAAAAUGCGGAGUCUGAUGCGGAGAAGGUCUUGAAGGAACUCACCUCGAAAAACAUCAUUCAGCCAGUUUACGACAAGUGUCCUUUUAAGAAAAAAGCUCAUAGCUACAAGCUGCAACCUUUGGCUCAUACUGCAGUAACCAUGCUAGCUGAGAGGGAAAAGUUCAUUGAUUUUGAUGAACAAGGCAACCCCGUGCGAGAGCAUUCUAGUUCUCUAAGAUCUUGUCUGGUUCCUCGGAAAGACAACAAGUUGGAGAAUGAGGCGGAGUCCUCCCAUGGCAAGAAUUAUAAUUCCAAUUCGCGAACAACCUCAACCUCGUCCUCAAGAUCAGGCAAGUCUAAACCCAUGGCUCAUGUGGUGUUCAAUUUGAAUGAUGCCUUUCUACAGCUUAAGCGCGAAUGGUUUACCGAGAUGAAGCAUGUGAACAUUCUUUACUUGGGAAGAUGGGAGAGCACAAGCGAGAAGCAUAUUGAGGUGGAGGAACCUAAAGAUUUAGAAGGCCUGGCUAACUUAAAGUACGUAAAAUUCCUGAGCUUGCAAGGAAUUUCAGGGAUAACAGGGAUCCCCGAGUCUAUUUCAAAGCUGUGGAACCUUAGUGUCCUAGAUCUCAGAGCUUGCCACAGUCUUGAGGUGAUCCCACAGGGCAUUGGUUCACUUCAUAAUUUGACACACUUGGACUUAUUGGAGUGUUACUUGCUCAGUGGCAUGCCAAAAGGUCUCAGGGAACUAACAAAUCUUGUGGUGCUCAAGGGAUUUGAAGUUCAAGCUUCAAAAGAAAAAUCACUCUCAUGCACUCUGGAGGAUUUGUUGGCCAUGACAAAGUUACGUAAAUUAAGUAUUCAUGCAGAAAUCAAGGAUUUUCCAAGAUGCAGUGACUUGGACGUGCUGGCGAAAUUCAAACAACUCCGCAUCCUUACUAUAGAAUGGGGAGGAAAUUUGUUUCGGAAUCCAGACUCCGGUACUGUGUCCACCGUUCCAAAACCUGGCAUGCGGGGAAUCACAAGAACAAUGACUCGUACUUUUACCCAGAGAAAGGUGGAUGAGGAUGUCUCACCGCCAAGUGGUAUUCCGUUAAAAUUGGAGAAGUUGGACCUUAAAUGUUAUCCUAGGCGAAGUGCUUCGACCUGGCUAAAACCUGAGAAUUUGAAGGAGCUCAAUAGACUGUACAUCAGAGGAGGGGAACUUCGCGAUUUGGGUCAAUUCGACUUUGAAAAGGUUCCAACACCUUGGAAUAACGUGAAAACACUGCGUCUCAAGUACUUGACAGAAAUGGAGAUGGACUGGACGGAAUUUCGAGAAUUGUUCCCUGAGGUGAAAUAUCUGGAGAAAGUGAAAUGUCCAAAGCUCACUAUCAUCUUUGGAGUGAAUGCGGCGGUCAAGCCAGUGCAAGUGAAGGGAGAUAGAAGUAAAUCGGUCGUGUUUGAUGGACGUCGUCUAGCCAAAGAGCUGGACGAGCUGCUUGGUCAUGGCAUCGAUAAAUGGGAGCUAAUAAGCAAAGUAUGGGUUGAAAUGCUGUCCCAUGCUGCUAUUAACUGCAAAGCCAAUAACCAUUGCAAACAGCUUAGCAAGGAGGACAGCUUGUCACUCUUGUCUGGUUGUUGA